AUGCCCCCAACCUACGACGCCCACCAAGAAUGGCUCGGCGGCGUCAUCGCCCACGUCGACAGCAAGACCGAGCAGGAACUGCACCCUGUACUCAAGGAGUUCCAACAUCUUAUUGAAACAAACACUCGCGUUUACAUGCUCGUCUCGGCCAUGUUCGCGGAGAUCCCCAAGAGCCAGCACUUCCAGACUGACCCCACGGGCUCCUCGGAGAUCCGUGAUUACCACCACAUGCUGCGCGUCCUGAAUUAUAUGCUCACCACCGCACCCUCGUGGAAUGAUUUCUCGCUGCGCGUUGGCCUCGUUGGAUUACCGAUUAAUGCUGUCUUUGACUGGUCCAUGGGUACGCCGAGCGGAUACGCCGCGUACCUCGACCCGGACAUCAACGCGAUGCUCAAGAAAGUCCUCAAUGCGUGGGGCGAAUUCCUCACAUCACCCGAGUCCGCCAAAGUCCUCGAUGACUCGAAGUAUGGCUGGUUCGGGGAAACAGGCAAGAACAAUCUAAUGCAUGUCGCCAACAUCCCGCACGGGACAUCCCAUUCCUUUGACGAGCUCUUCGUCUGCGAUCCCUCGGCAAAGUACCACGGGUACAAAUCCUGGGACGAUUUCUUUACUCGCGUCUUUCGACCCGGUAUUCGACCGGUCGCAUCGCCGAACGACGACAAUGUCAUCACCAACGCGUGCGAGUCGCAGCCGUACAAGGUUGCGCGGGGCGUCAAGGCCAAGGAUAAGUUCUGGGUCAAGUCGCAGCCGUAUUCGGUGUAUGAUAUGCUGUCGCAUGAUGAGUUGGCGGAGCGGUUCGUCGGCGGGACGGUCUAUCAGGCCUUUCUUAGUGCGCUGAGCUAUCACCGCUGGCAUGCGCCUGUGAGCGGGAAGAUUGUCAAGGCGUACGUCGUCGACGGGACGUACUAUUCCGAACCGCUUUUCGAGGGACUCUGGGGGUCUGAUAAGGAUGCGAUCAAGGAAAAUAGUAUCGAUCCCGAUGGCGAGGUCAUGACGCAGGAGUAUCUGACCUGCGUCGCGACGAGAGCGGUUAUUUUCAUCGAGUCGGAUAAUCCGGCCAUCGGACUGAUGGCGUUUUUGGGUGUGGGAAUGUGCGAGGUGUCAACCUGCGAUAUUACAGUCCAGGAGGGCCAGCGUGUGAGCAAGGGCGAUCAACUGGGCAUGUUCCAUUUCGGUGGUUCGACGCAUUGUCUUCUUUUCCGGAAGGGCGUCCAGGUAGAUGGGUUUCCUUCGCCAGAUCUUCAGCACAAUGUCGCUGUUAAUAGCCAGAUAGCCGUCGUCAAAGUGUAG